CUGGGUGGCAGCGUAUCUGGUCACUGUGACUCCGUUUUCGGUUACGAUUACCUCCUCUGCUUGUUUGUGUCUCGACUGGUUUCUUCCUCUGGAAACUGGACUGGCAUCGGCGCGUCAGUCGUCGGCGGAGGACCAUAUCCAAUAGCAGAGACCGACAAGUGGCGGUAAAUAACGGCGUCAACGUGAGGUGGCGUGUGGGUGAUGAGAACAUGUGGCGUGGUCGAGAGGCAUCUGGAUCGCACCUCUCUUGCAAGCAAAGCGACGAAGCCUGGUGAUUCGCCCGACCAAGGCAACCCUUCCACUGGAUCUUUUUCUCCCGGCUUCCUUUUUCGCGUCUCGAUCUCCAUACUUGUUUGUCUCUUUCAUUCCCAAUUCCUUCGGACAACGGGAAUUAAAGGGCUGUGAUGAAGCUUGGCGGAACCGGAAACUACAAGCAAUGGAGAUGUUUUGAGUCGAUUGGUGGUUUUGUGAGGAACUGCGAUGGGGAAAUGGGAGGAUCGUAGAUUUUUCCCGCUAACGAGCUUGCAGAUCGGGGAUCUUCAGUCCUAUCUAUCUCAUUUGACUCUUUUUUUGGCUAUAAGAAGUGAGAAAUUCUAUAUCCUUGUCGAUAAUCGUCCAUGGGUGAUCCACCAGGACUCACGAGCUACUCACUUGUGGCAGUUAAUGGUUACCAAGUCUAGGCUAUCUCCUUUUGCAAACACAAGAUCUGCUAGAGUCACAGGAAGUGAUAUGGGGAAGAUUUUAAGAUUUACCAAAAGCUCUAGGUCUGUUUCCUUCAGAAGAAACAGAUUACGUAAUUGGUUCUCCUUGAUUGAUGCUGCUCGCAAUUAUAAGAAAAAUUUGCACCAUGUCAAGAAGCUGAAAGACUCUUUCCUUUUGAGUAAUGAUUUGCAUUGUCCAUUGUAUGGAUGCAUUGUUUUUGAAGUAGAAUGGAAGUAUGUGCGUGGCAUCAACUACAUCAAUGAACUGCAGACUGAUACAUCCUUAGCAUUGGAAGUUAAAUUGAUGAAAAGGUGGGAAUUUGAUAGUAUUGAACAGGCUUCUAGCUGCAUUUAUCUAUGGUUUACAGGUAUAUGCGAUGAGUGCUAUCUCCUGCAAGAUUAUCUAGAAAGUAUCUCCAGCAAAGAUGUGUUUUACGAUGCUCAGGAAGAUAUUUCAUCCUCUUGUGAGGCCAGUGAAAAGUUGUUCACUGCUGUUGAGUCUCACGAGGAAAAACAUUGUUGCAUGCAUUCCAACUCUUCGUGUUCUCCUAGAAGAAUGGAAGAUUUAGAUUUACCUUUCACACCACCUGCUUCUGGCCCUUACAAACGAAGAAAGAUAAUAAAAUCAAGCAUGUUCAUUGAUGUGGAUGGACUUUCUGAGGAAGCAUACAGUGAAGUUGUUAGAUCCCCAUCAAAUUCAGUAUCCUCACCUUCUUUGAGUGGUAGUGAAAGUGAUGAUGGGUGUUUGGUUUAUGAGGCUACCACAUACAAGGAUGUACUCCUUUUAUUCAGAUUUGACGAUCAUGAUCUCCCAUUUAAGCUCAAGGAAAUAAUUAUGUCUGACCUGAGGCUACUUACAUUAUUGGAGUAUGGACUUCCUUCUUGGGUCAUUUUUCUUCAAUCCUACCCAGUCUUUUGUCAAAUAUAUCGUCCAUGGAUGUGCCCUUUAGCCAGGGCUUUUUACAUUUUGAUAUCUAUAAUCACUGUGCUCAUAGGAUUCUAUGACCUUUAUAAGAAUGUUCCUAUACUGAAGGCAACUGCUGCAAGCUUAUUUGGUCCCUUCUUUAACUGGAUAGAAUCAUGGGAAAUGGUUUCAAGAAUCAGAUACCUGGGAACUAUGCUUUUUCUUCAUAACUUUGAGAAAGCUUUGAUGUGGUUCCUAAUGGUUGCACGUGCUACAAAGCCAUUGUUUUCAGUGUUGACGAAGCCAAUUGCUGGUCCUAUCAUGGAACUUUUUGAAUUGAUUUGUCCUAUAUGGAAUGCAUGCUUUUCUACUUUGGAGAGCCUCAUCUGGGUUAUUUGGAAUGCGCUAUCAUCUUCAUGCAACGUGGUUUCAAGUAUAUUGGAAAUUAUCAUUUGGCCUUUCUGGUUUGCCUUUUCAACUUUAUGGAGUGUAGUGGCAUAUGUAAUAUACCCAGUUGUUUGGCUGCUUUUGGAGAUAGUCAGUGCUCCUGUUCGUUUGAUUGCUUCAUUGAUUAGUUUCCUUGGAAUGUUCUUCAUCAAUGUCUAUUAUCUACUGCAAGGAACCUGGUCAGCUAUUGGGGCUUUGUUUCAGAUUGCAUCUCCAUCUGAAGCAACAGCAGUUGCCUAUGAAGUUACGAUUUGGCGGUCACUUUGGAAUGAUUUAUUUUCCAAGGUAUUCCGUGCAAUUCGAAGCAUUUUUUAUGGUUUUGUUGCAUUUUUCACAGCGUGCAAUAGGCAUAGGUUAAGCAUCUACAAUCACAUCUUGGUGCUUCUCCGUCGCUUCUCUCAUGUCAUCCACCCUUGGAGACUUUCCAAGUCUGACCAUGGAAGGCAGAAAGAAAGAAAUCAAAGCCCUGUUCAAGAAAGGGAUAGACCAAUACCUAAAUCUGGCUCGCAAACACCGGAGAAACUACGAAGAAGGCACGCAAGGAGACUAACCUCCACAUCAUAGAACUUUGGAUUGUACAAGAAGUGUAAAUUCCUUGAUUCUUGUUUCUUUUUCUCUUGGAGAAGCUGGAUACUGAUCUCUUUCCCUUUUCUUUUGGGGUUAGGAGAGGGAGAGGGAGAGGGAGAGGAGCUGUAGGUAUUCCGACUGGAUAGAAGAUCUAACUAUAGGCUGUGUUAGGAACAUUAGCGUAGAAGAAGAGUAAAUUGGCUUUGUUGCUGACUUCAA